UCAAAACACGUUGUUUACCUUGCAACAGUUUGGCGCACUCCCAUGGCAACUGACGUUUUUGCAGUUUGCUUUCGCUAGAAUUCCAACCGCAGUUUCGUUUAUACAAUCUUCCGUGCAAUAUAUAAUAUGUAUAGGGAGCAAAGUUGUAUUACGCUUGUGUAACGAGUGUUGUUUUCAUGGUUUCUCCGGCUAGCUGGGUUCUGGGUGUGUGGAAAGUGCUGUGCCUUAUUCACAAUGGCGGACUCACCGCGUAGCAUUCUCGUGCGGUUGGAGCAGCUGAAACACUGGCAGGAGGAGCAACAGCGCGUCCUGCUGGAGAAGCAUCUCGCCCAACAACAGCUGCUGGAACGCGAGCAACGGAAAAUGUAUGCAGCGCUCGGUUUGCAGCAGCAGCAGCAGCAUUCGAUCGAGGAGGGCGGCGAAGAAUCGUUCGGAGACAGUGACAGUGAGCCCGAGUAUGAAGAGACCAACUUGCAAGCGCAACUGGCCGCCGAGCGUUUGCAGGAAACCUCCGUGAAAAACGAUACAACUACGAUGCUUGACUCGGACGCCGAACAACCACCGCCGGCUUCCGAGCAGGACCUAGAGGCCUUACAGAGGGCUAGAAACGUUCCCAAGAAGCGGUUUUUGAAGCGUGGCGAAGGAUUGCGUGCUAGGUUUAAAGUAGAUCCGAAUAAGUUUAAGCUAGAAAAUUUACCUAAGUACAAAUUCGCUACCCACAACAGAGAGCGAAACAAUCGCAAAAGUGGAACUAAGCAGCCGGACCAGCGGGACGGUGCCACACCAGGUAGCAAACCGGGAAGGGUGGACGGGAAGCAAAAAGUGAACGAACAGAAGGGACGCACCAAAAGUGACCAAGGCAUUGUGCUGGAUGUUAAUCGAGUGCAGGAUAAAAAGCUGGAAACCAGACGGCGUGUCGGAGGAUCGCUUCCGAUGACCGGCGUGGAUGGGAACACUGAAAAGGCUACGGAUAAGAACGACGACCAGAUAUUAGCUAACAUUGUAAAUAGUUCUAAAAUUACAGCUGUGAAGGACGUGAUGCAAAAAUCACCUUCAAUGCCGGAUGUCCCAUGGAAGCAAAGGCUCGAUCCCCCGAAAGCAUCGAAAGAGCAACGAGAACUGAACUUUUUCGAGCUUCUAGAACAGAAGGUGGUUGGUAAGAAUUUCAAUCCCGACUCGAGCAGCAUAUUGCGAUUCAUCGCAGGCAACGAAUCAACUGUAAACGAGGAUGAUACGGUGGCGACAAAUGACGAUACUAUCACUACUUGUGAACCGUUGGUACGCCAGGAGGAGGUAGCUUCGAAGGACAGAGUUUUAGCGCCACCGCCACCGAUAAAAGCAAUUCUAAAUGAUCAUGAUACUGACGAGAGCGACGCUAGUGACGACGACGACGACGACGAUGACGAUCAUGCACACGUGCAUUUCGUUGACAAUGACGAACCGUCCAAAUCCAGCGGGGAAGAAGAGUCGGAGUCGGACGGUACAGAGCACGAAACAUACCACCGCAUGCAGCGAAUAGCUUCGAGCAAAAUGUCGACACCGAAUGAUAAAAUUAUUACACGCCCUGCAUUGCUCGAACAAACAGAUCCGCACACCGAAAGAAGUGACGAAGAGGACGCUACCGUCGACAGUGCCAACGGACAGUCGGAGACCGAAGACACGCCCGUGGCCGGGAUGAUCGGAGACGAUACACUCCGCAGUGAGAUUCUUGCUAAAAGUGAGCUACUAAAGGAAAGACUAACCGAGCUCGAGCGUGAAAUAGAUAACUACCGGCGCGAAAACGCGGAACUAAUCCAAGCCAAACAGGAGCACGAACUGGAGCGCCUAAAGCUGCAACAGGAUCGGGAAGAAAUGGAAGAGCGCCUCAAUGACGAACGCAUCAAGAUGGAAGUUUACUUCCACGACGAACGCAUGAAGAUCGAAACGGAACGCAAACAAGCGCUGCGUGAAGCGCAGAAACCGAACAAAAAGGACAGGGAAGAAAUUUUGCGCCUGAACGAAGAGCUUGCCGAGCUGCGCAAACAGCAAAAGGACCGGGAGGCUAAGCACAGUGCGUCUUUGGCACGGUUCCGGUCACAGCUGAAAACCGUCGAAAAGGAGCUGCAGGAAGUACGGCUUGAGCUCGAGGUGGCGAAGAAGGACAAUCGUCGGCUGGAGACGGAAAACACGCGGCUGAAGCGGCAAAACAAUAGCCGCAUGUUGGUGGAAAUUAAUCGCAACAUAGCGAAACUUGCCGCCGGAGGAGCUGAAACCGUUGAACAGCAAGGAGGACAAAAGGAAGCAAAAAUGGGUCCUGCGCUUGAUAAACCGAGAAAAAUCGCGCCGACUACGAAUCGACCCAAAACGCAACAGGUUAUACCGGCAAAGGAGCGAAAGGUGCCAUCGCAGGUGACAAGGGCAAAAGUUAUGAGCCAUCAUGCGCCGGUACGCUGCAGCAAAUCGGCGCCACCCCGGGGAAAGACCUUACCGAUGCGCGACGACAAUUUGACCUCCGAAACGGACGAGAAUGAUGAGAAUGGGCUUUAUCCGAUUGAUGGCACUAGCGAUGAGGAGCCCAGUCCUCGCGUUAACGAAAAGGGAAACAGUGUGGAGGAAAGUGAUGACGGCGACGAGGACGAUGAUGAUGCUCUUGGGGAAAACUCUAGUUCCGCUCCGUCAUCCUAUUUCCCAGCAAAUCCUGCCGUUCGCAAAACGCUCUUUAACGCGGUAAAUCUAAACGCCGAUUCGUCCGCCAACCAACCAACAAGGCAAGGAUUGGUGCGCAAAGAGAAUCCGACGAACCAGGGCGAUUUACUGCUCGAUCGCACACCGGAAGCGGCCGAACUAAUCAAGAGCAUGAAGCGGGAAAUUGUAAACGCGGACGGCAGCCGGGACGUGUGGUAUCCGAACGGGAAUCUGAAGAAGAUAUCGGCGGACGGGCUGAUCAUCCGCAUGCUGUACUUCAACAAGGACAUCAAGGAAACGAACAUGGCCGAAGGCACGACGAAGUACUACUACUUCGAGACCAAUACCUGGCACACGACCUAUCUAGAUGGGCUGGAAAUAUUGGAGUUUCCUGACGGACAAACGGAACAUCGAUUUAAGGACGGAUCGACCGAGGUACACUUUCCGAACGGUUCGAUACGCACCACCAACCCGAACAGUGCGGACAUAGCGGAAGAGUGGAAGUAUCCGGACGGCACGACGGUAAUUAUCCGUAAGAAUGAUGAUAAGGAGAUAAAUCUACCGAACGGACAGGUUGAGAUACAUACGAAGGCGCACAAACGGCGCAUUUAUCCGGACGGAACGAUCAAGUUCGUUUAUCCCGACGGAAGUCAGGAAUCGCGAUACUCGAACGGUCGCGUGCGGUUGAAGGACAAGGAUGGACGGUUGCUGUCGGACACUGGUGGUGGAACGGCGGCAGGCAAAUAGACUGACUGAACAAAAUAUACAGUACUUCCGAACUUCCGCUGGAUGGUAUGGUAUCGGACUGGCUACAACUAA